AUUGUUGUGAUAAACUUAUUAAAUAGAAAAGAUGUCGAAUACUGCUAACGGUGACUCUAUGUCUGAACAGUCUUCGUCUGCUCUUGUGGUAGAGGACAAAGCUUUCCACGGAGGUCAAGAUUGGAUGACAACUGAAAAUUUAAUAGCCGAUUUUAGCGUAACAACUGGCAUCAUGGGACCUUGUGAAGAGGCUCUAUCUUUUCUGGAUGGCAAUCUUCAUAAGAUUCACCAUUAUCCAGCCCUAGAUCAAGAGCCGUACAGGAGUGAAUUGAGAUCAUGGCUUGGCCUGAAGCACGACAAUUUGCUCAUGGGAAAUGGGUCCAGUGAGCUGAUCGAUCUAAUCAUUCGUCUCGCACCUUCUGGGCCUUACUCUGUGGGCCCCAACGAAGUGCAGUACAAGGAAUACGAGAACUCAUGCCACCGCUACAACCGCGAGCUGGCCACAGAUCCCAAAGCAGCUGCGCUGCAUGUAUUUGUGAACCCAACGAAUCCUACUGGAGAAUAUAUGACACUUGAGAAAACGAAACGUUACAUAGAAGAUAAUUGCCGUAAUGGAAGCUAUGUGGUGCUAGACGAGAGCAUGUUGCCCUGGUUUGGACCCCGGUGGAGGGAAGUGUCAGUGUACAACCAGGCUGACUGGAUCCAGUCCAUGCUCGCAGAGAGAGGAGUUCACAUCAUAGUCAUCCACAGCUGGACGAAGAUCUUCUGCUGCACCGGUCUCAGAAUCGGCUCCAUCAUUCUCCCUUGCAGGGACGACUUUGACCUGAUGAGGAAGUUCAUGGUUCCGUGGAAUGUGAACGUACUUGCGGGCGACUAUCUAAGUGUGUGUAUGAAGAACAAGGAGUACAUGCAGCAGACGUGGGAUAUCACGGGACAACUGAGACGGACCCAGAAGCAACAGUUACAAACUGAGUUCCCCCACUGGGACGUGAAGGGGGAGGCAUUCCUCAGCUGGAUGUGGAUAGACACUAAGUCAGAGCAGGAGGCAGAGAAGGCAGUGAGGGUGGCGAAGGAAUGGGGCUGUCCGAUCCGGUGGGGUAAGAAGGGCUACGGCAGACCCACCCAUAUCAGACUGGCAGUGCGCAAGCCAGAACUGUUCCAGACACUCCUAUCUGCAUUCAAGCAGGAACUCAAGUGAUGCAGUAGCAGAAGCAGACAACUCAAACGCAUUCGCAUCAUCAUAAGCACAGAACUUAUACAUACACUACACACCUCACAACAGGGCACAAGAUAGCACAACAACUGCUACAGUUUGAUUGUAAUUGUUCAAUAUCAAAAUAGCGCUACAAUCGUCUUUUUGUCUGUGCGCGUAAGAGUUUCUGAGAUUUGCUACAAAACUAUUCAAAUGAUGAGAUCUGUUUAUUAAUUUGUAAGUAACCAAGCAGAGUUAUACCAAUUUAUCAAAUAUUUUAUUGAAUAAGUGUUAAUGGACAACCGCUCUUUUAUUUCCCACAUUUUUCUGCAAAAAGCAUCAGUCUUGAAAUUUGACUGUUUUCUGUUUUUGGCAAAGAGCCCUAUUUUCUUUGCUUUCCUGGGUCCAUUUAUACUUUUUUUGGUUUCAUGGGUCCCAUUAAUACUUUUCCAACUGCGUGUUGGCUGAUUUCUUUGUUUUACUAGGCUGUGAGUUUGAUAACCAUACAAUGGUUUUCUUCCUUUCACCGAUUCUCAGGGUCACUGAAAUUAUGAGCUCACUUCAGUACUCAGCUUUAUAAUCAUGAAUCAAUACGUCUCGUUAUUAUCGUGAACUACUUAAAGCCUUGAACUUUAUGUUUAAUCAAUAUUUCACUGUCCCUGAAAAUGAUUUACAGAGAUAAUAUAUCCCGUGAUUGUAUAAUAUGAAUGAGAUAGUGCUGAUAAAACUUAUUGCAAUCG